UCAUUUUAAAUGGGUGACACUCACACAAAUCACACACUGCCAAAUCAUUCAGUACCAACUUUAUUUCCCAAACAAUCUUCUUCACGUUUAGCUAUAUAAAUCAAGAAAUAAAAUAGAACAAAAACUCAUCAAUUCAACAGCACAAAUUCUCACUUGUAAUGGCAUAUGGUAGAAGCAGAGCCUCCUCUGUUUUGGACGGUUUCACUCUCAACCCCGUUCCAUACCCCGUUUUACUAAUCUUAGCACUCAUCCUCUUGUUCCUGGCCAUUUCAUGGUAUUUCUCCUAUGAAGAAGUGGUUGAAGCUGCAGAAGAACAACUGGGGUGGAUGCUUUUAGCCACACCGCUGCUGCUAAUACUCAUGGUUCGUUGGUUAUCGUCUGUGGAUACUUCAGAAUGGUUCUUUUUCAACUCCUCGCCAUGGGAGAGAAGAAGGACCACGCACAACUUUCCAUCAGAGGGUACCUCUCCUUGGGGUGUUGCCGCUUUCAUCCUCCUGGUUCUCGUGCUUCUGCACUAUCAGUCCACUUUUCUUGAUUCCUGGUUUGGUUGAUUUUGUUUCGUUUCUGUUCAGAGUUUCUCUGUUUCUCUACACUUUAUUUUCUCUGUUUUUGUUUCACUUUAUUAUUUGUUAAGCGUAAAGGUUGAUGCUAUAGCCUGAUUAUUAUUGUAUAUAUAUAUAUAAGUAGAUGAAUAGAUGAUGGUGCUCUAUGAACAUGAAUUGCGUUGAGGUGCUUGGUAAAGAUGAUGAUGGUGGUAAACUUGCACAGAAAAAAAAAACAUUUUUUUUAUCUAUUUCCAUUUAAAAAAAAGAUAAAUUAAAAAAAAAAACAGUAUUGGUCUAAUCUAAAGAACGGUUUCAUUUCAUACUUGCGUUACUUGAGAUACUUACUAUUGGUGGUCAAAACUCGUUCCAGUAUUUCUGCUGAAAAGAUGCGGAAGAAACGAAAUGUUGUUCAUUUGUCUAUUUAGUUUUUGAAAUAAAGUACUUGGGCAUCAUUAGUUUCUUGAGAAUACAUAUUAUAUUGUUCUCCAUUUGAGUGUAGGAAAACUUUGUCUUUACAUUCCUCAGACAAUCUGCGUUUUUUAAGUAUUUUAAAGAGUCACUCCUCCAUGGCCAGUCAACAUACGACAUUGGAGAAUGGAAACAAUAAAACGAAAAUGACAAACCCUCUUUUAAAUAUUUUAUUCUUAAGUAACUUUGAUCGUUGUUUAAAUUAGCCAUUUUCCCCAAAGGUAACCGCAGCCAGGGGUUACAUAUUAAAAGGAGUUACAAGUAUAUAUAAGAUAUAAAAUAUAGAAAACAUAAAUGUGAAGUUUUGUAUUUAUUAUUCAGUAAUUACAUAAAGAAUGAAAAUUAUAUUACCGUUGGAGUCAUGGUCUGAAUGCGUUAAAGUUGAAGGUUGCGGCAGUAGUAGAAUAUGAAACGAUGAAGAAUAUUAGGAGGAGAGGUAACAAGAAGAGGAACAACUGAAAGCUGAUGGCUGUGCUAUGAAGCUGAGCCGUGUAGUCUUUGUAACGGGAGAAGGACAACAAGCCAAUGACAAUACAAAAUAUUGUGAGCAAAUGGCCUGAAAGACCAGAACCAUUGGUCAUGGUUCCACCCAAUUUCCAUUCUGGACCCCUUCUUUUAGGGAAGAACAUUUUCUCACCACACCAAGAAGCGCAUGCACAAACCAGGACUCUCUCAAAACAAGCACAAACCCUGCUUGGGUUAUAUAGCUUCGAUGUUUCUGUAAUCAGGUUGGGUUUGGCAUAUUCUUUGAGUUUAACCAACAUAGAAGUUUACGGUGGUACAAGUAUUUACAACUAGCUUGGCAAGGUAUCUGUGUGAAGGAUUGGAGGUCUUCAACACGCAUUCCAAGAUACAA